CUCCGCGGCCCGGCUCCGGCCCCGCCCCCAGCCCGUGCUCUUGGGGUUCCCGUCUCCCGUCUCUGGAGAGGCGGGUAGCCCGCUGGCGGGGCUGGGUUCUGAGCUGCUCCAGAUCGUCGCAGGUGGCUACUGGAGCUGACUCCCAGCACUGCGGUAGAGCUGCGCGCCCCCUUGCUGCAGCUUCUCCAGACCGAGCUGGCUGGGCCGCGGAGCUGCACUCGCUACCCCUGGCGCGCUGUGGCCUCGCUUGACUGCGCUUUUGCUCUCAGAGGUACUUGGACUCGGAGUCUGCAGGAUGCUGGAGAGUUGGUACGAGCUAUCCACAAGACAGCUUGAACUUUCCUGGGGAUUCCUCUAUCAGCCUGUUAGAUCGUGUCGUGCGUUUCGCCAGAUACCAAAAUAAAAUAUUCCCUCCAGUGCCCAUUUGGAAUAUUAUGACUUCUCUCCUUAUAAACUGACCAACUCUUCCCACUGCCAGGAACUAUCUUGUCUUAAGAGCCAGGCAUAAAGGCUAGCAAAUGAGAAAGCUAUGUCAUUGCGGUCCUUCCAUCCCUAACCUCCCAGAGGGGCUUCGUUCCUACCAUUUUUCUAGCCUUCAGAGAUUUCUCCAGAGCAAUGACCCAGAAGACUUGAUCAAUUUAUGAUUAGAGUGACAUUGUUUCCCGAGAGCCCCCAAAAUGGCAGCUAAAAUGGAGAUAACUUUGAGUACCCACACUGAGGAUUCUGACAAGCAAGAAAGACACAUAAUAAUGAAGCUGGAAGAGAAACGUGGGCCCCCUGAGCAAAAAGCCUGCGCUGAUCCUGAGCUUUCCCGCCAGAGCUUCAGACACUUCUGUUAUCAAGAAGUGUCUGGACCCCAGGAAGCGCUCUCCUGCCUUCGACAGCUCUGUAGACAGUGGCUGCAGCCUGAACUACACACGAAGGAGCAGAUUCUGGAGCUCCUAGUGAUGGAGCAGUUUCUGGUCAUCCUACCUCCAGAGAUCCAGGCGCAGGUCAGGCAUCGAUAUCCAAUGAGCAGCAAGGAGAUUGUGACGCUGGUGGAAGAUUUGCACAAAGCAUCCAAAAAACCAAAGCAGUGGGUGACCGUGUGCAUGCGAGGGCAAAAGGUGCUCCUGGAGAAAACAGGAGCUCAGCUUGUAGAACAAGAACUUCCAGACUCUGAACCUCAAACUGCGAGCAGAGAUAUUCAAGAGAACUCUCUGGAAGGGCCUUCCUGGGAAGGAUCUCAUGACCAGCUGAGUCCCCAUCAUGGGGGGAAAUAUCCCGUCUACCAGGAACCAGUCCCCAAAUUGACAGAGGCCUCCAGGAUGAGAAGUGAGAAGGAAAACCCACAACAGGAGAGGGCAAAAGGAGCAGAGACACAUGCAGUGUCACCCGGGAGACCUAAAGGGGGUAGUCUGCACAGCCCUGAGCCAAGAGGGGUGAACAUGAGUGAACCCCGAUUGUCACAGAGGCAGGCCAGACCCCCAUAUGCUCAGAAGGCAUUUGCUCACUACCAGAGACAUUGCAGAGAACUGGAAUAUAUCAGCAACCCCCUCAGAGGUCAUCCACUGAGAGAAUUAAAGAAAAGUAAAGGAGGCAGAAGAAGCCUGGGCAGCCUUCUGCAAUGUCUUAGUCACCAGGCAGCCCGCUCAGCCAAGAAACCCUAUAAAUGUGAUGACUGUGGGAAGAGCUUCACCUGGAAUUCAGAACUGAAACGGCAUAAGAGAGUACACACGGGAGAGAGGCCCUACAUCUGUGGGGAGUGCGGAAACCGCUUUGGGAGGCAGUCAACUCUGAAACUGCACCAGAGAAUCCACACUGGGGAGAAACCCUACCAGUGCAGCCUGUGUGGGAAAAGCUUUCGCCAAAGCUCCAAUCUGCACCAGCACCACAGGCUCCACCACGGGGACUAAACAGAUACUAGGUGCUUUAGUCCCAGGGAAGGGCCUCUUGUCUCUCCCUUACUUGCAUGUAAGUCCCGGAGUGUCUUCUUGACCCGUGGGGAGUGAUGGGUGAAUACUGAUGGGGCCCGGGAAGAGAACUGCAGUCACUGCAGUGGGGACUGGUUACUGAGGACUAGGAUGAGUCACACGAACAGAAUGAGGAUGAGCCACAAGUGGUUUUAGUUAAUUAAUUAAUCCUUAAUUAAAUUCUCCUUGUUGCUUUGUCUUAUAAAAUACAAUUGUUUUCAUGUGCACACUUGAGGAGUUCACCAGAAUUCCAAGAAAACAUCCACUGGGAAGUCCACUAAUAGUCUUUCUGCAACUAACUUUUUAUUGUUAGUGUUGGUGGUUUUUAAUU